AUUUUUCUCUUUAAACACCACCAACUCUCUCUCAUAGCCCCAACCCAACCCAACCCAACCCAACCCAAAGAUUACUUACACUCUCCUCCUCCAUGGCCAAGAAGAUGAUGUUGAAGGUUGUAAUUCUCGUUUCUCUUCUCAUUCUCCGACUCGCUGAUUCUCAAGAAACGGUGACCACACCUCCUGUUGAAAGCCCUCAUCCUCCUCCUGUUGAAAGCCCUCAUCCUCCUCCAAAAAUAGAGUGUGAUGGAGAAUGUAAUCGAAGGUGCGAAUUAUCGUCAAGGCCGAAUUUAUGCAAGAGGGCAUGCGGGACGUGCUGCGAGAGAUGCAAUUGCGUUCCACCAGGCACUUCUGGUCACUAUGAAACCUGCCCUUGUUACGCCAAUAUGACCACCCACAGGGGCCUACACAAAUGCCCUUAAUUAAAUCUUAAGACACCCACAGGGGCCAGCAAGCAACACACAUUUCUUGUUCUUGAUAUAUGUUUAUGUUUUGGAUCAUGGUGAUUUAUAAAAUAAUAUAAGCUUGAUUCUAGUUGGAUCAACAAGAAGUAGAUUUUAUUUUAUUUUAGUAAAUUUAUUUAUCUGAGUUAUGAAAAGUCCAGUAACAGUAUUGGGCUUUCUUAAUGCAAGGCCCACGGGCCCAUUCCUAGGAUAACGAGUUGGGCCGUGUGUUUUCAAGAAGAGAUUGUAAGGCCCAAUAGUCCAGUUUAGUACUGUAUAUUGUAUUGGAACUGCAAGAUCCAACAUAUUUACCAGUGCAAGUUAAUGCGCACACGACAUACAUGCAAGGCAUGACUGAAAACCUGUCAGUCUGUCAACCAUGAAAUGACACCGUUUCACUCUGUUUUGGUAAUUUCACUGGAAAUAACAACGA